AGAGACACAGAGACAGGCAGAGACAGACGGGGAGUGUGUGCGUGAGUGCGUGCGUAUGAGAGAGAGAGACGAAGUGAGGGGGUGGAAGAGACACAGAGACAGGCAGAGACGGGGAGUGUGAGCGUCGUCGUUGGGAUAACUGUGCAGCCAGUUGCGUGGAAAAUUGGCUGAUGUUGUUAUUUUCAAACUUUCAGCAACGCAGCGAACAGAUAUGAGCCAAGCGCAGCGAGACAGCCAAGGCGGGCCGGCCCCGAUGGACGUGGCCGAGGAGCGCAUGAUCAUCCCCAACUGCACACUGGCUGUUGAGGAGUUCCCAGAACAGUACAUAGAGUCACAAUGCUUGGCUCGUCUACUUCACAUUGCGGAACACUGCCCACAAGCAAGACUCAAGGCGCUCAAAGUGGCAGAGAAGGUUUCGCGCCAAUGCAUGGACGUUGGCAUGCAGCGACAGAUUGUCAAACUCCUUCGUGCUGCUUGCGUGGACCACAACGAACCAUAUCCCAGCGGCAUGCCCAGCGAGGCGCUCAUCGACGCAAAGUCCCUUCGCGUCAAGGAAAAGGCACGCAUGUGCUUUAUAGCAGCCACACCUGAGCGUACCAUAGUGCACCGGCAUGAAGCCCUCUAUGAAACAAUUGAUUGCGUCCGCGAGUGCCCCAAGCAUCAGAGGACACUAUCGAUGUGA